AUGGCUGAGGAAUUCCACUACCAUGUUAGAUCCAUUAGCUUGCCUUGUAGAAUACAGUCUUCAUUACCCAAAAUUGAAGAAGUGCUCAAGAGAAUGAAGACAUGGGAAGCCUCAUCACAAUCACAAAGUGAGGCUAUCAAAGAAGGUCUAAAAGGACUUGCAGAGUUGUAUAAUUGUGCAGAGGAACUUGUGGGUUGUCCACUCACUCAGCAAGCUCUUAUAAGCCAUGAAGGAAAGCAUGUAGAGAAGCCACUUGACAUGUCAGUUUAUUUGCUUGACACAUGUGGAUCAGCAAGAGAAUUGUUGACACUUAUGAAGGAACAUGUGCUGGAUCUUCAAUCAGCUUUGCGGAGAAAGGGUGUGGAUUCAAGUGUCAAAAGCCAGAUUUGUGCUUACAUUUGUUUUAGGAAGAGGGCAAGAAAAGACAUGAGAAAAAGGCUCAAAGCAUUGAAGACAAUGGAUAAUGGGUUUAAAUCAUAUUCAUACCCCCUCUUAGACUUUGACCACCAUCUACUAAUUGUGAUCAAUGUGCUAAGAGAAAUGAGCAAAAUCACCAUCUCAUUUUUCAAGAAACUCUUACUGUUUAUGUGUGCACCAAUGUUGAAGAAAAACAUUGGUGGGUGGUCAAUGUUCAGUAGAAUAGUGUCCACUAGAGUUGAUAAUAAGGUGAUCAAUGAGUUAGGGGACAUUGAUGUUGCUCUUUGCUCCUUCCAUAAGCGUUGUAAGAAAAUUGAUUCCAAGACUGAAAUACAAAUUGUAAAGAGGGGAUUAGGGGAAGUAGAAGGGAGCAUUAGAGAAUUGGAGGCAGGACUAGAUUGUCUCUUUAGGUGCAUGAUACAACAAAGGGUGUCACUUCUUAAUCUUCUCACGCCAUGA